AGACUUGCGCGCAUGCGUUGUCAACCUCAACGCGAGCUGCAGGGACCGGGCCACGGCGCAAACCGCAUUAAUAAAACAAGAUGGCUGGAUUGCCCCGCAGGAUUAUUAAGGAGACGCAGCGCUUGUUGGCCGAGCCUGUGCCUGGAAUCAGAGCGGAGCCUGAUGAGGGAAACGCUCGGUAUUUCCAUGUGGUGAUCUCUGGGCCGCAGGAUUCGCCCUUUGAGGGCGGGACGUUCAAACUGGAGCUGUUCCUCCCAGAGGAGUAUCCCAUGGCUGCUCCCAAGGUCCGAUUCAUGACCAAAAUCUACCAUCCUAAUGUGGACAAACUGGGCAGGAUCUGUCUGGACAUCCUGAAAGAUAAAUGGUCUCCGGCUCUUCAGAUCCGUACAGUGCUGCUCUCUAUCCAGGCUCUGCUAAGCGCUCCGAACCCUGAUGACCCGCUGGCUAAUGAUGUCGCUGAACAGUGGAAGAGCAACGAGGCUCAAGCCAUUGAAACAGCCCGAACAUGGACCAGGCUUUAUGCCGGCAACAACAUUGAAGUUUAGAAGAAGGAAACGGUGGCAUCACGUGAGAGAAGUGGAACAGUCUCCUCCGGUCUUCUUUUGCAUUUAAAGGACACUUUCUCAGACAAAUUAAAACAGCAAGCGAAAAAAAAAAUACGAUUCAAAAGCAACUACUGCAGCCCUUUGGGUGAGUGUCGGUGUGUUCCUGGUCAGAGCUAAUGUUCGCUCCACUAUAUGAUCUCUGCUUCUGGGUUCGGCCAGGGGUUUCCCAGCAUCCCUUGCGUGGU